CAAAAUUCCAAUUUUGUGAUAGAUUUUGACAUAAUUUUUUAAAAAUAUCAUAUUUCAACCUUCUCUCUUUUUUGUACUCCACGGUGAAUAGGAUUUUUGUUAUGAUUGUGCGCAUCAGGGCGAUGCUCUAUAUGCUCGAGGGCAAUUAGAAGUAGCUUAAUAUAAGUCCCGAAAUGGAUCAUUUUAUCUUUCACCUCAUGAAUUAUUUUGUCCAUUGCACUCAUGAACAUAAUUUAUAUACUAUUUCAUGAUGAUGUCAUUGUGGUGAACAUUAUGUCUGGACAGGUAGGAUUCAAAUUUUAUGAUUGAUAGAUUUUGAAAUUACACACUUCUAAAAUUAGCAAUGACAAUAUUAUGUCUUUAAUUUGUUAUCUAGGAUCAGAUGGCUUCAGCCAAGCAACUAUCAGAUAGUCUAGAAUGUCCCAUCUGCCAUGAUCUACUCUGCAAUCCUAAACUUCUGCCCUGUUCACAUUCUUUUUGCUUAAGUUGUUUGACCGAAUAUCACUCUUCUCAGCAAGCUGAUCCCUGGUUAACUUGUCCAGUGUGUCGCCAAGUUGCAAGGGUUCCGGGAAAUGAUGUGAGUAACUUUCCAACAAAUCUUAUUGUCAAGUCCCUUGUCGAAGAUUUCAAAAGAAGAGCAGAUGCUAAGGCCGAGCGUAUAAAAGGGGCCCUUCAAGCUUGCACGGUUUGCGAUGAUGAAGACGCUGCAGAGUACUACUGCCAGAACUGUUCAGAGUUCCUUUGCGAAGACUGUAUGCAACACCACAAUAAAUAUAGGCGGAAUGCAUACCAUGAGACUGUGAAAGCAAAUGACAUCGAGAUGGGAGUUGUCAAAAAGAAAUUCCCGUGCCCUGAACAUCCACAGGAGCUGCAGCAGUUCGUGUGUACUACAUGUCUCGUUCGGAUCUGCUGCAGAUGUCGGGAGGUCGAACACAAAGAAGAUGGCCAUGAAGUCAUCGAGAUGACUAGGUAUGAAGAAAAACAAAAAAAGAAAAUAGAACGCCUGUUACCAAAAACAGAAGAAAUAUCCGUCGAUAUUGAAAAUCGUUUAUCUUCUGUGAAUGAGAAGAUUCGAACAGUGGAAACUGUUUUGGCUCAACUACGACAGCAAAUAAGAAAUGCUCACGACAUUGCAGUAGAAAAAAUGCAAAGGAAGAGAAAUGAACUAUUAGAAGAAUGCAAUACUUAUGACAACAUGUUCCGUUGGGAGUUUGAAGAUAUCAUUGGGCGCUUUUGUGACUUUCUAGAAACUCUACCUGUCAUGGCCGCACUUGUAAAGGAGGGGGCAAGAUGUCUACAUUUACCAGACCAAUCAGUGGCGGAGCAUACAACACAAGUCAAUGAGCUUGAAAGCUGUCUCAAAGCUGAAUCCCUCUCACCACUUCUUACUCAAGCAUCGAACGUAGUACUUCAUGCAGAGUCCCUUGUUUUUCGUCCUGCUGAUCGUACCUUCGAUCUCGGUACAAUUCAGGUCACGGAUCGUCAACCUGAAGAGGAAUUGGAAGAUUCUAUUUGUGAAGCAACCUGCAUGGCUCUUACGAUAGAGGAUACUCCCGAAAAGAAAGACGUGGAAGAUCUUCAUUCAUCCCAUUCUUCUGUCUCUAAUUUCACGGAGGCUGAAGCAAAGUCCCUUCCCGACAGUGAUGAUGACAUAAGAGAACAAUUUAAUCGAGACAAAUUGUCCGCUGACACACCUGACCUUUCUGAUAUACCUAGCACAACAGAUACGUCCGCGUGCCCGAAAAGGAACUCAGGUCCAGUGCGAUCUUUCUUUUCAAAUCUGAAGCGUAAGGCUCGAGUACGGAUCAGCAUUCGAGACCGAUCUCGAGUUCCUAAUUCUCAGUAAUUAAUUGAUGUCAGAAUUAUAAGUAAUGGUGUUUACGAGGCAUCAUCUAGACUGCUGCCACUGGACAGUGGCGUGAUAAAUAAAGACUAACGUCGCGAACGUGGAUUUGCAUUUGACCGAGGAAUGAGAGUACUUGUGUUGUUAUAACAUAUUGGGUUGCAUGUGUAUUGAACAAAAAAUAAAAUCCAUGGUUGAACAUACAUAAUCUCAAUCUUGUUGAUAGGAGUUGAGCAUCAUAUACACUGUGAAAAAUAUUAGGUAGAAUUUUAACCAGCACGAGGGUAAUUAUGUGUCUAACCAAUUCGGGGCAAUAUUUCCCAAUGC